AUGAAUGACACAGUCGUAAAUGUAUUCAAAGGUCAAGUUAACGAAGCGACGGCGCUGGCAAAGCUAUUGGAGGUGUCUACGAUCGUCGUACAGCAAGCUGUAGAUCUAGUGGAUGGGAGCCUCACGUCGGACGAGCAGCUGACAGUACAGUCUCGCUAUAUGCCCGGCUCGACUAUAGGCAAACAUCUGCGCCACGCGAGAGACCAUUUCGUUCUCCUACUGGAUUGCCUGUCCUCGUCCUCCCCACACGUCCUCAAUUAUGAUAUCAGGUCGAGGAACACGCCAAUGGAAAGUAGUCGACAGGCUGCGCGGGAGUCCUUACUCGCGGUCAUCGAGCAGUUGACGACCGUGGUCCCUGAGGCAAAGCUAGACGACUCAAUCACCCUACAGGCAAUUACCCCGUAUCCACAAGUCGUUCAGACGACAUUUGGGCGAGAGCUAUGGUUUGCUGGGUUGCAUGCGAUUCAUCACUGGUCAAUGGUUCGCGUCAUUGCGGGGGAAAUGGGCAUCAAGUUGGCAGACUCGUUUGGCUUUGCUCCUUCCACACUUGUACACAAUGCAAACGGGUCACUUAACGGCGAGCCAAAGACGUAG